UCUUCCAGAGCCAUGGAUCAAAGGUUGUUUAACGCAGCAUGGAACGGGGAUGUUGAUCAUCUCCUUAAAGAGAUUGAGGCCAAUCCAACUACGCUCCACACAGUGGCGUUGGAGGGAGGUGAAAAUCCAUUACACAUCGCUUGUUUGGCCGGACAUCUCAACUUUACAGCAACAGUGGUCAAACUGAGGCAACAAUUUUCCUGGGAGCUUAACCAAGAUGGUUUUAGCCCUUUACACAUAGCAGCCGCUUGUGGGCAUGGUGAAAUUGUGAAGGAGCUUCUAAAAGUUGACCUCAAUUUGUGUUUGAUAGAAGGAAAAGACAGAAAAAUUCCUCUUCACUUGGCUGUGAUAAAAGGUAAUGUGGAAGUUGUCAAAGAGUUGCUUUUGUCAAGUUUGGAUUCUAUCGAGUGCACAACUGCUCAAGGUGAGACCUCCCUUCAUUUAGCAGUUAAGAACUGCCAAUUCAAAGCUUUCCAAGUUCUAAUACACCAUCUCAAACAAUCCAACAAAGAAGAUCUUCUGAAUUCUAAAGAUUUUCAUGGGAAUACAAUCUUGCAUCUUGCGGUCUGUAGGAAGCAGUAUGAGGUAGUUGAAUUUCUACUAAAUGGGCUAGUUAUUAGCAAGGAAAAGAUAGAGUUGAAUCCAUUAAACAAGAGUGGUUUGACUCCCCUUGAUAUGUUACAUAUGUUUCAUACUGAAGCUGGUGAUGGAGAGAUUGCUGAGAUUCUCAUUCAAACUGGAGCUCUAGAGGCCCGAAAUCUACAAUCUCCAGCAUAUACGCCAGAAGAAAGACCAAAUCGUCAUGACACAAGAGUACAUGAACGCCCUAGAUCUUCGGCUGAAAAGCUGUUAGACUACUUCAAAUACAAUAACCUGAAUGACUCUCCUAGCAAUGUAAGAAACACACUUCUGGUUAUAGUUAUACUUAUCACUGCCGCAACAUACCAACCGGCACUUAGUCCUCCUGGAGGCUUUUGGCAGGAUGAUUCGCUUCCAUCCAUGGUCAAUAAUUCGUCAUCAUCUAUCACAAGUAAAACCACUGCUACGAAACCACAUACAGCCGGGCAAGCUAUCAUGUUUACUAAUAACCCGAUAGCCUUAAGCAUAUUUCUUUUCACCAAUUCAGUGGGGUUUUACACGUCGCUUUACAUGAUCUUCUUACUGACCAAAGCUUUCCCUUUGAGGAUAGAGUUGUAUAUUUUAGUUAUAGCACUUUCUUCAACCUACAGUACUAGCAUGAGUGCAUUUGCCCCAGAUAAUUUCGCAAAAUACAUUUUUAUUGCCAUAUCCAUUAUUCUACCGUUCAUGAUGCCUGUUACAAUCAAGGUUUUGAGAAAUUAUUUGAACAAGCGAAGAAUUGCAUCUGCUGACACGAGUCAAGAAAGGGUUUAAAUUGGUUACAAUGGAUUUUAGCAUACAUUUACUUAAAGAGUCUUAGUACUUGUACUUAAUUAUGUAGUGGGUAGUAAUUGUAGAAUUAUUCAUUUCUAUAUAGGUGAUCAUGAACACCUAAUGUCACACCCACCUGAUCGUUAAACAAUUGUCAAGAUAAUAAGGGUGCAAUGUGGUAUGUAUAAAAAAUAUGAAUAUUACUAUUUUUUAUGGGGGAUAACAUUUGAAUGUAAGGGAGCAUGAGCUCACCAUAAGACUUUUUAUAA